GUUGCUUCCAUCUUGGCAUAUCGAGGUGGAUGUUUGCGUCUGAACUGAACUACCAUAGAGUUUGUACUGUCUUUGGCUCAACUGUGUUGCUGUCUGUAAUUUAACACAAUAUUUUUCUAAAGUCUAACGAAAACCAUGAACAACCUAAUUCGGUUAACUGUUCGCUGUUUUCGGUUGAGUUCGUCGGUCUAUCUACCGAGGAAAGUUGAUGGACAAAAUGUGUCGUUGCCAACAUUGAAGUCUUCGGCCCGGUUCAUGUGUUCGGCGCCCUUACAGACAGAUCUUGGCGAUAUGGUGAAAAAAGACAAGGUGGUGGUGUUUAUGAAAGGGACGCCUGCCCAGCCGAUGUGUGGCUUCAGUAAUGCCGUGGUUCAGAUCUUGAGGAUGCAUGGUGUGAAUGAAUAUGCUGCAUAUAACGUGUUGGAUGACCAGGAUCUCAGACAAGGAGUGAAGGACUUCUCCAACUGGCCCACAAUCCCGCAGAUUUUCUUAAAUGGCGAGUUUGUGGGCGGCUGUGACAUCUUCCUACAGAUGCACCAGAACGGAGACCUGGUAGAGGAGCUCCAGAAGCUGGGGAUCCGCUCUGCACUGCUGGACGCCGAAAAGGAAUCCAAGUAGACAAACCCGUCGGUCGGUGUCCAGUCCA